AUGACUCAUUUGCAGGCAGGUCUGUCUCCGGAGACUCUGGAGAAAGCUCGGCUGGAGCUGAACGAGAAUCCCGACACCUUGCACCAGGACAUCCAGGAGGUGCGGGACAUGGUCAUCACCCGGCCAGAUAUCGGCUUUCUCCGCACCGAUGAUGCCUUCAUCCUGCGAUUCCUGCGGGCCAGGAAGUUUCAGCACUUCGAGGCGUUUCGCCUCCUGGCCCAGUACUUUGAAUAUCGCCAGCAGAACCUGGACAUGUUCAAGAGCUUCAAGGCCACAGACCCGGGCAUCAAGCAGGCACUGAAGGAUGGCUUCCCUGGAGGGCUGGCCAACCUUGACCACUAUGGCAGGAAGAUCCUCGUGCUUUUUGCUGCCAACUGGGACCAGAGCAGGUACACACUGGUGGAUAUUUUGCGCGCCAUACUUCUUUCUUUAGAAGCCAUGAUAGAAGACCCUGAGCUUCAAGUGAAUGGAUUUGUUUUGAUUAUAGACUGGAGCAACUUCACCUUCAAGCAGGCCUCUAAGCUCACACCAAGCAUGCUUAGAUUAGCCAUAGAGGGCCUUCAGGACAGUUUUCCAGCUCGGUUUGGAGGAAUACAUUUCGUCAAUCAACCAUGGUAUAUCCAUGCCCUCUACACAGUUAUACGGCCCUUUUUAAAGGAGAAGACGCGAAAAAGGAUAUUCCUGCAUGGUAAUAAUCUCAACAGCCUGCAUCAGCUAAUACACCCUGAGAUCUUGCCAUCAGAGUUUGGAGGAAUGUUGCCCCCCUACGACAUGGGGACAUGGGCAAGAACUCUGCUUGACCAUGAGUAUGAUGAUGACAGUGAAUGCAAUGUGGACUCCUACAACACUCCUUCAAAGGAUAUAGAGAAGGACCUCUCUCCCAAGUCCAUGAAAAGGUCUCAGUCAGUUGUGGAUCCAGGGGUACUGAAACGCAUGGAUAAGAAUGAGGAAGAAAACAUGCAGCCUUUGCUUUCACUCGACUAACAGUUCUGAGCAUCAGACACGAACUGAGGUAGAAGGUACUGCCUCUCAGCAGCAAGCAAACCAUUGGGAAAAGUGUACCAGCUGGAAACCUAUUUACUCAUAUUAAUGUAGCAUAAUGGCAGCAGGCAGCAGGUUUUACUAUUCUGCCUGAAUUCUGGAUGCCCUGGGAUGAAAAAGAAGAGGAGAAAAAAGAAAAAGAAAAUGAAAU